GGACCCCCGCCGGGAGCGAUGCCCCCCGCCCCUCGCGCGCCCCGGCGACGAGGCGAGCAUGGAGAAGUCGAGUAGCGAGGAUUCUUCGAUCCACCGGAGUCCAUCUUUGGACAGCAAGGACUCGGACUUCGCCAAGCCGUCCACCUCGGGCCGCCCGUUCGGCCGCGGCUUCACGGCCGGCGCCUUCUACGGCACGGCGGGCGCCCGGGGCCCCGGCCGGGCCGAGGCGAGCGUCAAGACGGACAAGUACCAUGCGCCCCGCGGCAGCAAGUACGUGGUGUUUUACCUGGACCUGUCCUUUGUUUUCCUCCUAGAAUUUAAGAAGUGCAACAUGGCCAGGGGCUGCCUGUGCUGCGUGAAGUACAUGAUGUUCCUCUUCAAUCUGAUAUUCUGGCUCUGCGGCUGCGGGCUGCUGGGCGUGGGCAUCUGGCUCUCGGUGUCCCAGGGCGACUUCGCCACCUUCUCCCCCAGCUUCCCUUCGCUGUCAGCCGCCAACCUGGUCAUCGCCAUCGGCACCAUCGUCAUGGUGACCGGCUUCCUGGGCUGCCUGGGGGCCAUCAAGGAAAACAAGUGCCUCCUUCUUAGUUUUUUCAUUGUCCUGUUGGUCAUCCUUCUGGCCGAGCUGAUCUUACUGAUCCUCUUCUUCGUCUACAUGGACAAGGUGAACGAGAACGCCAGGAAGGACCUGAAGGAGGGGCUGCUGCUGUACAACACGGAGAACAACGUGGGGCUCAAGAACGCCUGGAACAUCAUCCAGGCCGAGAUGCGCUGCUGCGGCGUCACGGAUUACACGGACUGGUACCCGGUGCUGGGCGACAACACGGUCCCCGACCGCUGCUGCAUGGAGAACUCGCAGGGCUGCGGGCGUAACACCACCACGUUGUGGUGGAAGACGGGCUGCUAUGAGAAGGUGAAGAUGUGGUUUGAUGACAAUAAGCACGUGCUCGGCACUGUGGGAAUGUGCAUCCUCAUUAUGCAGAUCCUGGGCAUGGCCUUCUCCAUGACCCUCUUCCAGCACAUACACCGGACGGGGAAGAAGUACGACGCUUGAGCGGGCGGCAGAGCCCGCGGCCCCCUGGGAACUCAGUGCCAGGGAAGAUUGGAGCUUUGUGUCGCCUGCCCGGACUCUCAGACUGCUGCCCCCAACUUCCGCCCUGCCCCACCUCCACCUUGCUUGGAGGGGGUGGAGGGCUAGGGAGGAGGAGGCCUGCAAAGACUUUGGGGUGCCCGGCAAGGGACACCUGGAUUCCUGCACCUGUGUAUUUGCCAAAGAAGACGGGGUGUGGCGGACGGGGUCAGUCCCUGUGGGCCCCCGAGCACCCAUGCGUUUCUGCACCGGUCUUUCCUUACACUGAUGUUCAGUCCCUUGUGGGGUGUGAAGUGGGCCCCCCUCCUGCCACCCCCCUCAGGGGAGAGACCGCCUUGGAGGCCCCCUGGAGGGAGAGGGGGAGCUGAUGAACCUCCAGCAAGACCCCCCCACCCAGGAUUUUAUACCUUCCAGCAUCACUUUUUUAAAGUUUUAUUUUACUCCUAUUAUGAUUAUUCAGGACUGUUAUCGCUCCCAGAACUUAGGGGUAGCUUUCUGAUUUAUACCUUUUUACUGUGUUGAUUUCUGU